UGGAAUUCGCUUUACAUGAACGAAAAAAGACGUAACAAUUUCCCCCCUUCUCUCCUGUCUGGACACGACCCUGCCUGGCUGCAGUGGUGAUGUCUAGAUCAUCUGGACUGGACGGGAGAGCCAUAGCCUCUUCAGUCCAUUUGCUUUAGUGUCAGUUCUCUUCAGAAUAAUGUGGUCUGACGACGGGUCGGCUCUCUGUAAAAACCUCCACUGUUUUCCUUUUUAACUUUCUCCGGAGUGAGAUGUUUGGAGCGAGCGAGUGAGAGAGAAACCGAAUGGGAGCAGAUGGCCAAUGAAAGCAGCCCCAUCUCUCAUCCACAGGAAGGGCUCUAAUUGCUCUUGGAGUGAGAGGUGGAGACGCACUGACGUCGUGGGACUGAAAUGGGAAUACACCUUCCUCCUUAACAUUCAUGGAACCUCCGGUGCGUAGAGCUUGAUAGCAACCCUAAGGUGGCUAUCAAGAUCAUCUCCAUCAACCACGCACCCCCUGAGUACUCGAAAAAGUUCCUCCACAGAGAGAUACACGCAUUGAACGUCACAUACCGGCACCCCAGUGUGAUCCAGCUGUAUGACAUGUUCCACACGCUGAAGCGAGUCUAUCUGGUGCUGGAGCUGGCUCUGCGUGGAGACCUCCUGGAGCACAUCAAUACUGUAUCCCAAAACAAGGGCAGCCCUGGCCUGUCGGAGGACGAGGCGCGCAGGAUCUUCCAGCAGAUCGUCAGCGCUGUGAAGCACUGCCACAGUAGCCAUAUUGUGCACAGGGACCUGAAAUGUGAAAAUAUCCUUUUGGAUGAGGGUGGCUUUGUGAAACUGACAGAUUUUGGCUUUGCGAACAGCUACAGCGAUAAGAACGUGUUGAUGAGCACAUUCUGUGGCUCUGUGGCGUACACGGCUCCAGAGAUCCUCAUGUCCCACAAGUACAAUGGAGAGAUGGCUGACCUGUGGAGCUUAGGGGUGAUUCUGUAUGCUAUUGUAACUGGGAAGCUACCGUACAAAGAGAAACACCCCAGAAAACUGGUCCAGCUGCUCAGGAAGGAGUUACCUUUCCACACCCCUGUCUCCACAGCCUGUCAGGAUCUGAUAACGAGACUUCUGCAGUGGCAACCCUCGGCCCGGCUUUCCCUUGACCAGAUCUGCUGUCACCACUGGAUGUCGCCCCCCACGACUGGCCUGACCAAGCUGCGUGCCACGAAGAGUUACAUCACAGAUGGGAGCAAGACCCCGGAGAACAAGUUCCGUGAUGCAUCUCCCAAGGCCAAGACAAGCCAUGCUUUUCAGUUGAGACCUGGCACGCCGAUCUCCACGACCACACCUUUCACACGAAGCAACACCACCCUCGCCGAGGGGCCCCAAAGGGUCCUGGGGGGGCGCCGUUCGGGGGCCAACAGCGCCGACAGCCGUCGAAUCCUGCCGAAGCAAGAGGACCGGCGAGAGGAGCUGACGAGGCCCAUGGUGGACCAGGCCAGCAACCCCAACCAGCUCUUUUUCACCCGGCCACGGCCGCCAACGAUGCCCAAGCCUUUCCACAACCUGCCCAACUUCCGCAAGCCCGGCUCCAUGGCCCAGGAGCUGCGCAACCAGAAGCAGCUGUACAGACUCACAGACAGGCUGCCGGAGAACAAAAGGCCACCCCGGAUCCCCAUGAAAAUCCCCACUACGGGAUUCUAGGGCCUGCUAAAAAAUGGACAUACCUGUGACUGUAGAAUGUGAAGAGAAAUGAAGAGGAGUCGACACAGGACAAGACAUUUUGUACUUAGAGAAUACAUUAUUUU